AUGUCAGACAGCACCAGCUUUCACGAGGAGUUAUCCCAGCAGUCGAAUUCCCCUGAAGACCCUGCCUUGGAGCCACCAAUCAAAGGCCAGAAGAUUUUCUUUGCCCCAUCUGGUAAUGAAAAAACCUUUAUCGAUCACGACUGCAAGCUUGACGGUGAUGGAUAUCCGCUGUAUCCCAAUCGCAAGACAAUCUUUGUCAAAACUCCCGAUAUGAUUGUCCACAAUUGGGGAUUUGUUGGAUUCCCCAAGACAUCAAAUGUGGAAUGGCGAGCGGAUCGAACCUGGAAAAUGAUCCGAAUGUUUUGCCUUGGCGCUUUCAUCUGUAACCAGCCCGGAUGCCAGUGGGUAGGUUCUCCGCCAACCGCCAAGGAUGCAAUAGCUGAAUACUUGCAAACGGAUCCAAAAUGCCCAGGUGCAGCCGGGAAAUGUCCUGGGAAAGUCGGACAUCUGGCAUGCAAGAACACCAUCACUCGGAUCGAUGAAAACACCAUAACAAAAUGGGGUAUUCUCCGACACCAUGGCACCCACAACCACCCAUGGCCAGCCCCAAAGAAGCCGGACCCACUGGCCAAGCUCAAGCUCAAGAAGGAGAUUAUGAAAAACCCAACUGCUGGGGCUUUCAAGCUCAAGUUAGGCAAGCCAACAGCCCCUUUGAACCCAUUUGAGAGUGUGACCCAGAUCCACGAGGCCUUUGUGAACAUGGAUCGGUUGCGCUACCAUCGUCGACUUGUCCUCACCGAACUCGGAGUCAACCCAGAGAAGGGAGGAGCUGGAUUAGGAGAUAAGUUCUUACAUGAUAUGUUUCAAUGGAACCACAUGGGGCUUCUCAUCAUUUCAUCAUCUUUCAAACCAGGUAUCGAACAUUUCACUUUUCAAACAAAGUGGAUGGGGGAACGAUUGGUCACCCGUGAUCACAACAACGAGGUUUACAGCGGGGGGCUCCUAUCGGACGUGACCUACAGACUCUUUGAGACCGGCUAUCUACUAUCCACAUCGAUGUUCUGCGAAGAGACCGCCCGUUGGAUACCAGUUCAGCUCUCCUGGAUCCGAGGGCUUAGCGCGGAAUACUACCAGGCCCAUUUUGCUACACUCUUUGAGCAGUUUGAUCGGCCCUCUUUCACAACAGCAGAUCGCGAGACCCUCGUUCGCCAGGUUGUAGAUUUCUCACUGGCUCAGAGGGAGGGGUUCAUUGCGGCUUACAUGAAGGUGUUUGGAGUCACCGAUCGACAACAAGCCCUUUCAAAGUUGAAGGGCUGCCAUGAGCAUUUUCGUGCGCAGGUCACCCGUGUGAAACGCAAUCGGGCGGUUGUCCCACCGGAGCAAGAAGCCCAAUUUCAAAAACUGUGCCUGGAUCUUUUGCAAUUACCUGAGCCAGGAAAGCACACUCAUGAGCAGAAGAUUGACGAACUGCGAAGGCUCUUCCCAAAGACCAAACGAUGGUUGGAUUGGUGGACGAUGGUUGACGUUGAGGCCAUGCUAUUUCCUUCAAAACGAGCAAUGAUAACCAACUCGGAAAACAGCACAGACAACCUUCCUGAUACAACCAAUGCUCAAGAGAGCAUGCACAGGCUAUAUUACAUGAUAAGUGACGGGAAAAAAUGUUUGAUGAUUGGGAUGGCUGAGCUUUUCGCUUUUGUCAAGGCACUAGAGGACGACUGGCAUGCAGUCAUGAGGGGAGUCUCGAUUGAGUACGGCUCCAAGAACAAGACUCAACACGACCUUGCAAUCUCAAUUGGCUGGCAGAAGCCACCAAAGAGGAACCCAGCUAACCGCAAGAAAGCCGAUCAGAACGAUGGACGAGCUCCUGACACAACCGCGACAUUGCUUCCUAAGAAUGUGGGUGGUCGGCCGAGGAACUCUCCAAACCUAAACAAGGAUCCGUUCUCAACGUACAUCUCUUACUCGGCAUCCCAAGAUUCGGCCAAGAAAAACCGCUGCUGGAUGGCUGCAGCACUUGAAAGCCUAUACGCACUGUUCAAUCCACUCUGGCUUCGUGGGACCAACGGGCUCAAAGCAGACAUCUUCACCACCCUGAUCAAGCAUUUCAACUCACGAACGACCUGGGAAUUGACUCAAUCGGGACACAUCCGGACCUUCUUGUCAAUCGGGCAGAACUCCUUGCAAACCGCGGCAAACAAAUUAUCCCCUGGUAGUUUUAACCCAGGGGUCUUUUGUUCAUGUGAUCUGUUCAUUGAUUUGCUCAUUGAUCCAACAUUCAGGAAACAAUCAAAAUCAAUGUACCCACCUCGAGAGCUAUUUACUGUUACCGAGGUCCGCACAGCAACCUGUCAAGAUCGUCCGUCGUUUGAUCAGCCCCAUCCUCGUGGGAUCCGGGACAUAACACUCUUGCGUAUUCAGAAAGAAACUUUUAACGCUGCAAAUAUCGAACCCUCUUCAAUUCAAGCAAUAAUUUCGAGAUGGACGACUGACGGCAUUGUCACAGUUUCAGGUUUAUGCUGCCAGGCCUGCCCUUCAACUCAGAAGACUGACAAGCGUCACCACCUCAUUGAAAAGUCGGUCUUAACGAUCGAGAACGAACCCCCCCAGCACUUGUACUUGUUGGUGCAAGUAUCGACGAUCAUUGAUCAAAUGGCUCAGCAAACCUUCAUGGCCGGACUGGAUUUCCCCUUCAAGUUGGAUUUCCAUGGGGUUUCUUACACUCUCUUUUCUCGCGGGUUCUGGAACGGGGUCCAUUAUUGGGCAAAGAUGCUCAAGAACGUUGGCGGCAUCUCAGGGGUAUGGAUGCACGACGAUCGAGAGAAUGGAGGGAUUGCUCGGCUGAUCAGUUCAGACCAUAGCACUAUCGCUGGACAGGCCCGGCACACAAGCUGGGUGUUUUACUCGCGAGCUUGGAUUCCAAGUGAGGAGGCAUUUGUGGUUGAAAGCAUUGCGAGGAUCUCUCGGGACAACGAUGGAGCUCAAGGUUUGAUGCCGUUUGUCCAUCUGGGCAUGCUCCUCAACAUCUCACCAAUCAAACUGGGUCCGAGCGAUGAAAAUUUACAUACGUUGGCUUCAGUUGAUACACAAGUACCUCAGCUUAAAAGAAUGGACUCGGAUGUUGCAGAGCUUGCCUCUGCUCCAAUGAUUUUUGACUCUUCAGCGGCUCAAACACAAACCUUAGCGAGCACAACUACUCAAACCCAACCGUUGGCUAGCACUACAUCGGGAGGAGACCAACUUGGCGAUCGUAAGAAAAAAGCUUCCGGAGAGUUUAAGAUCCGAUUGAAAUUCAUGAAGACUACCGACCCGCAACUGAUGAGUGGCAAUGCUCCAAAGAUUGAAGAGCAGGACAAGGCAACUAAAGUUGAGGAUCAAGCGUCACAGAUUGGGAGGAAGACGAACGAGAAGAAUGUUGGGCCAGCAAAAAAAUUGAACGGCCCAAAAACUAAAACGAUCAAGCCCAAACGGGCGGGCACUCGAGCAAGUACCCGCAAAGCUCAGCAGGAUUGAUUUGUUAGCCUGUCGUCCCCCUGGCGAACACGUGUCACGAUUGGCAAUCAGGAUGUUCCUUUUUUUCUCGGCUCUUGUGUUUCCUUUGUAAAUAGUCCAAUCCCUUGUGAAAUUCUCAUAUACCACAUGCUUUUGUGAAUUUUACAUUGCUCAUC